UGUAUGCCUUAAAAAACAGUCUCCACUUCCUGGAGAGAAUGAAAUGGCAAAUGCACUAUGGCCUGCUGUAAGAAGUGCUGGAUAACCACAGUAGCCCAACUAGCCUAGCAUGUUUCUGGCUGCGAAAGGAAGGCACUGAAUUCCAUUUGCACUGGGUCAGCUCUGUUCAUUGGAAGCAUCGCAUCCCUUCGUUGCACAUAAACACAGCUCGUUCUCCGCUUUAUAAAGUCUUAUCGCCAACAGGCUUUCCUUUCCUGCUUCAGAGAUGGAAGCACAACAAAAUAAGUUGGAAUUUUUCCACAAGCUGGGCUAUGGUAAGGAUGAAGUGUGCAAAGUGCUGGAGAAGCUGGGUCAAGAAGCCUCAGAGAAUGAUCUGCUACAGGAGCUGAUUCGGAUGGCAAGCAGACCUCAGGAAUGUGAGAACUGGCCACAACCUUUUCACCUUAACACUAUUGUCCAUGGUUCAUGCCGGGAAUCACCCUUUUCCCAUCCAUUUACUGAGGAGGAAGCCUGUGAUCCCACCAGUAAUUUGAGGCCUAUUGUAAUCGAUGGCAGCAACAUCGCAAUGAGCCAUGGAAAUAAGGAAGUGUUUUCAUGCUUGGGAAUUCAGCUGGUGGUAGACUGGUUCAAAAAGAGAGGCCACCAAUCUAUCAAAGUCUUUGUACCUUCUUGGAGAAAGGAACGAACCCGAUUUGAUACUCCCAUUACAGAUCAGCACAUCCUUGAAAACCUUGAGAAGCAAGCAAUUCUCGUGUAUACACCAUCCCGAAAAAUGAAAGGCAAAAGGAUGGUGUGCUAUGAUGAUCGAUACAUAGUCAAAUUGGCUUAUGAACAAGAUGGAGUCAUUGUUUCCAAUGACAAUUUUCGGGACCUGCAGAGUGAAAAUCCUGAGUGGAAAUGGUUUAUUGAGCAGCGACUACUGAUGUAUUCCUUUGUUAAUGACAAAUUCAUGCCUCCUGAUGACCCCUUGGGCCGACAUGGACCCUCUCUUGAUAAUUUUCUCAGAAAAAAACCACUCGUCCCUGAGCCGAAAUGGCAGCUGUGCCCUUACGACAAAAAAUGUACGUAUGGCAUCAAGUGCAAAUUUUCUCAUCCAGAAAGACUGAAUUGGGACCAUCUCUCCGUAGCUGAUGAGCUCCGAGCUAAGACAAAGACCUAUACACCUACUCAAAAAACAGGACAGCUCUGGAGAACAAAGACUAAGACUGGGUAUACAUCAACUGUAGCUGGCCCUAGAGGGGGUGGACUCAUUGGCAACAGAAACAGCUCAAGAGUCAGCAUGACAACACUUCACACUGAUUCCCCACAGUGGAAAAGAGAAAGUAUCCAGGGUUCAGCAAGUGAUUGGUCAAGCGCACACCAAAACAACUGGCAGCCCGAGUCGACUGUAUUACAAGAUCAGGCAAGACAUAUGGAAGCCAUGUCAGAGCAAUUUUCUGCAUUAUCUUUCAGAGCAAAAACCCAUUCUGGAAACACUUUUGCAAGACCAGGUAAAUAUGAAGACUUGGUGGAUGAUCUACAUCGGGACCGUUACUUCAGAGACAGCCAGGGUCCUUCACUGGCUCAUCACGGCCUGUGCUUGGACUGUCCAUGUUUAGAAGUAUGCAAUUUCCAAGGAUGUUGCAGGAUGCAGACACCACCGACCUUACAAACACCGUCCUGCUCAUUAACACAGGAGUUGAAGGCCCAACCCAUAGGACAACACAACUCUACCCUUUCUUCAGCAGAGUCGUUUUCAUACCUCAAGGAUGGAGAAAUGCAAUAUUCUGGCAAUCUGCAGGCAAAGUCUUACAGUCCGUUCUUUCUCUUGGAUUCCAGCACACCCAGAACAGAAGACCAUUAUACUUCACUUUCUAAUAGUGAGUCCCAGAUGUUGGCUCUAACCCCACUUUCUGGAGAGCAAGUGAACAUCCAGCCAGCUCUAUGCUUUGGCUUCCCAUACAAUGCAACACAUCAAGUUGGGUCUGCAUUCUCUUCCAUCACUGGUGUUAGAGACACAUGGAGCUUAAUGCCAUUGGUUGAACAUCAUGUGAAUCUUCAGAAUGCCUCUUCCACUGAAAAGCCAUGGAUGAAAGAGGGAAAUUAAUCACUUUGUGUUGUAAGAUUCCAACAUAUACCUUUAUAUCCAACUUCUAUCAGCCACAUGGUGUGAAGAAUAGCAGCAUUUACAGAGCUAGGCUUGACUUGAACGUCAGUUGUAUAUUCCUCCCCAUCCUUUUGUGUCCUCUGCCGAGCCAUCCCUGGGAACAUCUUGACCUUCAGCCCAUCAAGGCAGUUUGUAUUCUCCCUUAUCACAUAGCCUUUCCUUUAACCACAACAGUUUCAUAGAUUGUGACAGUUAAUGCUUCUCAUAUUUUGUUACCUCUUUACCAAACCAUUAACAGUUUCUUUCAGCUUUUUGGGGGCCCAUAUUUUGAGCUUUAUGUGGCAUUUAAUGUUUAUCCAGUUUGCCCUGGCAUGCAUGGCAAAGGUGUACUCUUAAACACUUGGGGAGGUACCCACUUCAUGCAUAACAAUGUGGAUAUGCCAUCCACUCUUCCUGUUCUCCAGGAGCAUACAGUACAACUGUGGAACCAGGUCCCCAUACUGAUGCUCAGCUGGCAUAUGUGGAGUACAUUUCUACCAAGUUUGGCUGCUUUGACAUCAAACAUGAUCCUAAACGUUAAUGCUGAGGUUAGAUUACUUCAACACAUAUAAUCAGCUGCUUCUGAAAAGCAGUAGAAACUGCAACAGGUCCAGAGUAUGGGUGACUAUAUCAUUAAUUGAUCGUAUGUUUUGCUAGCUCCCAGUUUGCUAUGAACAAUCCACAGAGCUGAAUUAUCAAUAUUGUGUUUGUGUGUGUAUAAAUGGUGUUAUAAUCUCCCCAAAUGGCCUCCAGUUAUCCAAGGUUACCUGAAGGACCAUCACUCAAGUAUAAACUUGCCCUGUAUGACCCUGGAUGAGAAUCCUUUUGCGGUUGCAGUCCCAAGUAUUCAAUAGGCACCUGGUGCCCCCGUUUACUGAUUUCUAGGCACAAGAUUACAUCUUCACUGUUUUGCUAAGGGUUUGUUGUACUAUCAUACACAAUUGCUUUGUUUUCAGCUGCUACAGGUUGCUUCGUUUGUUGAUAAAAUAGUUAAAGACUAAAACAUUUUACAAUCUUUCAUUUUUAUACCAAAUAGGACUUCUUGUUCUUUAAGAGUACCGAAAGAUAAAAGGUUUUAUUUUGUUUAUUGUGCUUGUUUCUGUUUUUAAACAUUACUCUCGCAUUGUUUUAACAGUUUAUACAUAAACUGAGUUAAAGAUCAAUUGAAAGGUGGGCAUAAGGCUUGAAAAUGAAAUAAAACUAAAUAUCCUCCUGCUAGUGGUUUAUCUUAUUUGUUACAACAGAGAAACCAAGAGCCACUACACACUAUGACGACACAAAUGUCAGUCUAUCUAUUUGAAAGUUUCACGAAGAGAAGCAGGCAGGUAUUUGUGGUCCAGAUGUUGAGAUUUCUCUCACACACUGUUUUCUCUGACAGAAACUGUGCCUUUCCACUAUUAUAAUGUGUUUGCAUAUAUCAACAGGCUUGGAUCCCACCAACCUGCCUUCUUGUGGCUACUACUGCAAAAUCUUUGAAGAAAGGCAUAGAAAUGAUCACACUCUUCUACUGUAUGCCUUGUUUUACCUUAGAAUUCUGGUCAAAUAUUUUUAAUUACUUGGGAAGGGGUGAUAGGAUUAACAGUUAUCAGUGAACCUGCAAUCCUAUAUCUCUGUGUACCAUGGGAUGACAAUAUUGUUCAGUAUUUCCUUUCAGAAUUCAAUUGUGCUUCACUUAAAGGCACAUUUUAGUUCAUUUUUCUUGCAUCACAGAAGUGAUCUGUUCUGACAGUGCUACGAGGUUAUGACGGCCAUAAAUUGAAUAACUUUUUGUUAAAGAGUGACAAGUGGGCAGCUACAAUUUAUUGUAACAGGGUAAGAUUAAAUGAAUGAAUGAAUGAAUAUCCAUUAAAACAAUUUGUAAGAAA